AUGGGGUUGAAAAAUUCGCCAGGGGGGCCCCUCAUCCGGCCCCUCACCCGCGACGCCGCACCCGCGCACGGCCCCUCCCGCGCCGCCGCACUGCCCCGCACCUGCCUGCCCGCGCUUCCCCGCACCCGCUCGCCCGCCCACGUUGCGCCGUCACCCCCUCACUCGCCCGCCCGUGUCAUGGAGGCGUGGAGAGAGGGGCUCGAGGAGAAGGAGCAAGGCAGCAACACAGCUCACAUAAAACACGCGACAACCACCACCACCUUCCCCAACCUCCAAUUCCAGUCGUCUUCCCGGCCCCGGCCGUGCCAGCUCGGACCCCCCCCCCCCCCUCCCGGUUUCACUCUCUCUCUCCGAUCCCCGAUUUUAAACACCUCCUCUCUCUCCAGCCCACUCGCCUCCUCCUCCUCCCCUCCCCUCCCCUCCCCUCCCCUCCCGAUUCCGCCGCCGAACUCGCGCUCUCUCCCGCCGCCCGUGCCUCGGCUCCCCUUGUCGGCGAUGGCGACGUCCAUGGCGUCGCCGCGGGGGCGGUCGAUCCGGGAGACGGUGCUGGAGACCGUGGCGGCCUACCACCAGCAGCAGCGGAUGAGGCGCAAGUUGCGCAAGAGCCUCAGCUACGCAGGGGAGCUCUCCUCCGCAGGGCGCGUGCGCGGGGAGGGCGCGUCCUCGUCGGCGUCUGUAACCUCGCUCUACGGGCCCGAGGAGGACGACGAGCCGUUCUGGGAGGAGGAGGAGGGCACCGUCGAGCUCGUCCAGCUCGGGGCCAACCGCGCCAAGAACGUCCUCAUCCUCAUGAGCGACACCGGCGGCGGGCAUCGCGCCUCCGCGGAGGCCAUCAAGGACGCCUUCCGGAUCGAGUUCGGCGACGAGUACCGGGUCUUCGUGAAGGAUCUGUGCAAGGAUCACGCGGGGUGGCCGCUCAACAACAUGGAGAGCUCAUACAAGUUCAUGGUGAAGCAUGUGCAGCUCUGGAAGGUGGCCUUCCACAGCACCUCGCCUAGAUGGGUCCAUUGCUUCUACCUCGCCGCUCUCGCCUCAUUCUAUGCCAAGAAGGUGGAGGCUGGACUGAAGAAGUACAAGCCAGAUAUCAUAAUUAGUGUACAUCCCCUCAUGCAACACAUUCCUCUGUGGGUGCUCAAAUGGCAAGGCCUGCAGAACAGAGUAAUCUUUGUAACCGUCAUCACGGACCUCAACACUUGCCACCCUACAUGGUUCCAUGCUAAUGUGAAUAGAUGUUACUGCCCCUCAGAAGAAGUUGCCAAGAGGGCAGCACUGGAUGACCUAAAACCUUCUCAAAUUCGCGUGUUUGGUCUUCCGAUUCGACCAUCAUUCUGCCGUGCAGUUCUUGUUAAGGAUGAUUUGAGGAAGGAACUUGAACUGGAUCCUGAGCUGCCUGCGGUGCUGCUUAUGGGAGGUGGAGAGGGCAUGGGUCCUGUCAAGAAAACUGCAAAAGCCCUUGGAGAAUCAUUGUUUGACAAAGAGCUUGGAAAACAAAUUGGGCAGCUUAUUGUCAUUUGCGGCCGGAACAAAACGCUGAGCUCCUCAUUGCAGGCCCUUGAAUGGAAAAUACCAGUAAAAAUUAGGGGAUUUGAGACUCAAAUGGAGAAGUGGAUGGGAGCUUGCGAUUGUAUUAUAACAAAGGCUGGACCGGGUACCAUUGCUGAAGCCUUGAUAAGGGGUCUUCCUAUAAUCCUUAACGACUUCAUACCUGGACAGGAAGUUGGCAAUGUCCCUUAUGUUGUGGACAAUGGUGCGGGUGUGUUCUCCAAAAGCCCUAAGGAAACUGCUAAACUUGUUGCCCUUUGGUUUGGUCCAGAUUCAGAGGAAUUGAAAAGAAUGUCAGAAAAUGCAUUGAAAUUGGCUCAGCCAGAAGCUGUCUUUGACAUUGUCAGAGACAUCCAUGAGCUCUCUCAGGAGCAAGGGGUGAUGUCACAGAUCUCUGGUUCCUUGACGUCAUCCUUCUUCAUACCAUCACCAGAAACCACACCUAUCCAAUUUAUCUGAAACCUUUAAGCUGUGUAUAGCUAGAAUUGCAAUCUUUGACCUUGUGAACUUCACAUUCUCCCUACAGUGUGACUUUGACCUUGUGAGGGUUCGUUUGACUGACAGCUACUCGUGUAAUGUUGCCUUCAUUUAACUUUGUUAAAACCGUUCGUUCUUAUCAUGUUUUCGCCUUAGUCGAAGGGGGAUUGGUGGUGGUGACUUGUAAAAUACACUCAAUUUUGUGCAUCAAAAAGUCAGAAACUUUUAUCAUGUAACUCAUGUAAUCCAUUCAUGUAUGUGGAAGAUGUGUAUAAUAUGAUGAUAGAUUGUUUUGAGUGA